AAUAGGCCCAGUCAUGAAAUUUCCUUGCUACUAAAUAUUCCACUGUCAACUGUUAGUGGUAUUAUAACAAAGUGGAAGCAACUGGGAACAACAGCAAGUCAGCCAUGAAAUAGUUGGCCACGUAAAAUGACAGAGCGGGGUCAGCGCGUACUGAAGCGCACAAUGCGCAGAAGUUACCAACUGUCUGCAGAGUCAGUAGCUAAAGACCUCCAAACUUGGUGUGACCUUCAGAGAGCUUCAUGGAAUGGGUUUCUAUCGCCGAGCAGCUGUGUCCAAGCCUUACAUCACCAAGUGCAAUGCAAAGUGUUAGAUGCAAUGGUGUAAAGCACAUCGCCACUGGACUCUAG